GCCAAAAUUUGUCCCGCACCCCACGGCUUCCCGCGGCGCUUCUCCAUUGCGCGCCCCUUUUACACAACCUACCAUAGCAGAGCCCAAGGGUGUCCCUUCGCCUUCGCCUUCGCCCUUCGCCUUCGCCUUCGCCUGCAGCCUGAGUCGGAUUCCCGCCCGCAGCGUGUUUCUUGGGAACUCGAGGCUGCCGACCGGAAGGAGUUUAGGGUGACACGUGUCCUGUGCUGGAAAUCUGCAUCGUGCAGUCGGUGACGCGUGGCCUCUCUGGAGUUGUCGUGCCGUUCAAACACAGCGCCAUGCUGCCGACGGUGCACCGGGGGAGGUCCCCCGCCUACCGUACCCAGUCAUACCUCCCGCAGUACUUGCGAAGAAUCAUCAAGUGGCGGCAAAUGGACAUAGAGUACACUUUCUGGCAGAUGCUGCACCUCUGCAUUUCACCCAAGAUAGUUUAUCAGCACACGAAAUACCACAAGCAGACCAAAAAUCAGUGGGCGAGGGACGAUCCUGCUUUUGUUGUUAUAUGCUGUCUUCUUCUGGCUGUGGCGGGUAGCUCUUUCUGUGCUGCGUAUGGUGAGGAUCUGAAGGAAUAGUUUUGUAUCGAGUCUCAUGAGUGCUGAACGGAGGAUGUCGAUGAUGAUGAUGGUGAUGAUGGGUGAUGAAGUUGAGCAGGCGGAUUGGCGCUCGUUCUGGUACAGAUAGGUUGGAACCCUGUCGGCUUUUCUCUACUCAGGCAAGUCAGGCCGUUCCAUGUGUGCCUGGAGCUGGCAUAUGCACUUGUUUUUUGUACAGUAAAAUGCUGCUCAGAGU